AUGGAGACUGAUGUUGCACAGGAGGUUGUCGACAGCGAGACUCCGCCACCUGAUAUUGAGCUAUUGAAUAGCGAAAACAUUGAUUCAGACCUGGACCGGCGGAUGCGGACUGUCUGGGGUAACUUUUCCAAGAAUUUUGGCACGGCUACGAUGGGUACGAUGGUUGACACCCAGUACUGA